GUGUUAGAAUUUUUAAUUUUUCCAAGAAAAUAAAACUACGCGAAGCGUACUCUGUGGUGACAUCUGGCGGUGAAUUGCACACUUUGCAUCCACAGCGGUCUCAUUUUUUUUUUAUCCACGUGUAUCCACGAUUUCGGAAUUAUGAAAAAUGAAGACUCUAUUUAUAAAGUACUGUAAAACAAUUAAAAGAGUCCUCAAAAUGUCGCAGCAAACAGAAAGCUGAAGGCUAAGAUGAAGCCCAUGAAUGAAGAUGUUGGGUAAUUGUAACACUGUCUCUUGUGGCCAGAAAUGCUUUUUAUACAGUUCAAUACUAUGUCAUAACAAAGGUUUUCAGACGUAGCCCUUUAUAAUACCAGAAAGAUGCAUAAUGGAUCUUGAAACUGCAUUUCCCAUGAUGCAACAUUUUGUGAAGAGAUGAGCGCGCUGUGACGUAAUUAUUUAAAACAAAAAUGGCGGAGAAACAUUCGGAGUCAGAAGUAGACAGUGGAGCAAAUAUUGUAGCUGUUGAUCUUGUACAGAAAGAGGAGAUUCAAGGAACUACACGAUCAGUCAAACGAUGUUCCUCCGAAAAUCUCGCUCCACCAUCAAAAUCUCCGCGCACGGACAUCUCAUCACCAGACGAUGCACGGCCAGAGACUGAGACACAGGAGCUAGAGAGUGAAAACAGUGAACCACAAACAUGUACAAGUCCCCCAGACAGACGGAAGUCCUGGAGAAGGGCCACCAUAAACCGCCGCUCUCUCCCUGCCCUCCCAAACCCAUAUCAAGUUCUUUGCAGAAGCAUAAGCACAUCCUUGACACAGAAUGAAAGGCUGGAGAAGUUGAUGGAGGCUUCAAUGAAGAAAGCCAUUGAUAGGACCCAGUCUUCUCUUCAGACAGCAGCACACUCCUCUAUGGAAUCAUUUCAAAUUAAAGUUGAUAAAAUGCUCAAAGAAUGGAAUUGCCUGGCCAAACGUAUACAGAGUGAAUCUCAGUUUAAUGGUGAUGGAGCUUGUUCAGAUGAUCCAUCGAUUCAAAACGCCAUGGAAAAAAUUAAGAAAGCUAUCAGCAGACUUGAGAUGGAAAAAGAAUCUUGGGAAACUUUGCUGAAUAAACACCGAGACAAAGCAGAGAAGUUGGAAAAGAAAGUACAAAAAGGCCAAGAAACUGGUAUCACACCUGACUCUGCAUCCCUGUCUCAGUCGUCACAAUAUCAAGUCAUCGAGAGCAAACCCGAUUAUAACCUUGUCCUCAGCAGACAGCAACCCAGGCUACAGACUAUGGCCCUCAUUAUGGAUACUCAGUGCAAAAUGGUUAAAACUCUUCUUUUUAUUCGAGACCAAUCAAAGUUGGUAGUGAAAGAGACUAGUGGGCAAUUGGCUGCAGAGUCCGGAUUGCCGGAGCUUUCGUCUGACCUGGUCAAGAACCUAAUCACACAACCUUUGGCCUCUGCAAUGCAAUAGAUUCAAAUCAAUAAUCAAUGGACCACAGCUCCAUGUCUCUUUGACAUCCGUGUGACCUUUAUUAUCUACUUACUGGUGGAAUCCCACUAUUAUUAUCUUGUUUGUUUUUUUAAUAUGUUAAAUAUGGAAUGUGGUAGGUAAAAUAAAAUAUCCCUUUUAUAAAUGCUCUUUUGGAACUUUUAGCUUUCUUUGCAGUGGUAAUGCCUGUGAUCAACACCAGGUGGCAGCUGUUUGCUACACAAAUUAUGAAGCAUGUUGGUGGCCCUGAACAUUUUUUUUCUUUCGCAACCCACAAAAAUAGCUCAAUUAACCUGUAAACAAAGUGACCAAUUUUAUUAAAUUAAUUUAACUUUAGGAUAAGCAUCAAAAUCAAGAGAAAAUCUUAAUG